AUGCUCAACUCUGCUGUCGCUGUUGUCAACUCAACGACGCUUCGUCGUCGUUCCCACUUUGCUCGUUCUGCAACCACCAACAGUUAUGGACCGAUUCCAAUUGAUGGGGACAGUUCCAUGCCACUCAUGUAUUCAUCGCAAAGAUCCAACUCAACUACCAGUUCUACCAACUCGAUUGUAUCGAUUCCAGGAUUGGGAGCUGUAACCAAUCUGAUCCAAGUCAGAUCUCUUGAACAAUCAAUGGAAAACGAAUUGAACUCGAUCACUCUGUGUGAGGUCAACGAGAAAGGAGAAGUAGUUUCGGAGCAUCCAAAACCAGAGAAAAAGAAGGAAGAAUCGGCACUUCUCAAGCGAUUCGUCAAAAUCGCCGAGUACAUGUAUAUCACUGAUAAUCGUGCUCUUCUGGACGGAGAGGAGUUGGACGAGGCCGGAAUCACUCAUGUCAUCAGUCUUGGUGAUGAUUAUCCAUUGGGGGUUUCCGUAACCAAGAAGGAAGGGCGUCUCGUUCUGGUUCCACUCACUCUUUUCCAUGAGACUGAUGUCAAUCCAAGUCAGCAAUUCAAGAAUCUCUCUUCUAAAUUCGACAACAUCAACAUGUUUGUCGAGAACGCGCGCAAACUCUCUCAAAAAGUGGUAAUCUACAGCAAGAAUAUCCAAUGGGGAUACUUUGUGGCUGCCGAGUACAACGUCGACUACUACCAACUCGAUCCAGCAAAAGCACUGCAUCAUCUGCAGAAGCUGACUGGAGACCACUGGGUCGAUUUGCCGGAGAAGUGCAUCAAGCGACUGAACGAAUGGAGAAAGCUCGGAGAGCAGAGAAGAGCCAAGUCACCAACUGAGAGAAAACUAAGCAUCUCCAUCAACAGCAUCUCCAGAUAA